AUGACAUUUUGUGUUGGAUUUGCGUAUCUACAGUCUGAGCGUGUUGAUAAUUUUACAUGGGCACUACAAAUGUUGAAAGAACAGAUUACAGGUGGUGAAGUUGAAGUAAUUGUUACUGAUAGAGAUCUUGCUUUAAUGAACGCUGUUGAAUGUGUUUUUCCAAAGGCAGUCAAUUUAUUAUGUCUGUUUCAUGUAUGCAAAAAUGUGAAAGCAAAGUGCAAGAUGACUGUUUUUCCAAAAAAGAAGCAGGUGCAAAUAAUGGAGGCAUGGGAGGCUCUUGUUUACAGUUAUGAUGAGACUCAGUACUACAUGAAUUUGGCUAACUUUGAAGGAAUUUGUAGUAGCUCUUCUAUCUUUAAUGAUUAUGUACAUGACCAGUGGUUAAUUCCUCACAAGGAAAGAUUUGUUGAGGCGUGGACUAAUAGAGUUAUGCAUUUUGGGAACACUACAACACAAAGGGUUGAGUCGGCGCACUGGAGUUUGAAACGGAUAUUACAAGAUAGCAUUGGUGAUAUAUGCAGUGUUUGGGAAACCAUCAAUAGCAUGAUUGUAUUACAACACAGUGAGAUAAUAGCAUCAUUUGAAAAGAGCAUAAUUCAGAAGGUCCAUCGACAUAGUAACAGAUUGUAUGCCAAUUUGCGUGGUGUUGUGUCAAAAAAUGCAAUAGACCACAUUGCAGCAGAGUUUGAUCGCGUGAAGUAUGUAGGUAUAGAUAAGUCUGAAUGUCGCUGCACAAUUAGGAGAACACAUGGUCUACCUUGUGCAUGUGAGAUAGCCAGGUAUAGUAUGAUCCCUCGUUCUAUUCCGUUAGAUGUUAUUCAUGUUUGGUGGACUAAAUUAACUUUUCAUGAUGAUGGAUUAGGUAAACCUUCAAAAUUAUCUGUGAAACAUGAAAUAGAAGUGAUAGUGAAAAAGUUUGAUGAACUUGAUGUACCUGGAAAAAUUGCACUGAAAGAAGUGAUAGUGAAAAAGUUUGAUGAACUUGAUGUACCUGGAAAAAUUGCACUGGAAGGUAAAUUACGUGAGAUUGCGCAUCCAUCGACUACGUCGAUGUGUCCACCUGUUGACAAGGUUAAAACAAAGGGUGCACCGAAAAAAGGCAAAAGUAAGAUAUCAAAAAGAGAUAAAUCAACCAAGCGUGAUCCAUCUUGGUGGGAAUAUGUGGAUGCAAGUGUUCGAUGCAGUGGCACAAAUGCAUGUAGUACUGUAACUUCUAAUAAAGUACAACAACCUCGACCAUCAGUAACAAAGCUCACACCUCGACCCUUUACUUGGAAUGAGUGA